AUGUCUGGCCUUCAGGACAACACUCUGAGGAUUGUUCUGGUGGGGAAAACCGGAAGUGGAAAAAGUGCAACAGCAAACACCAUCCUUGGGAGAAAGGAAUUUGAUUCUAAAAUUUCUGCCCAUGCUGUUACCAAGUACUGUCAGAAAGGAGAGCGACAAUGGGAGGGGAGGAACCUUCUUGUCGUGGACACUCCAGGGCUCUUUGAUACUAAGGACAAACUGAUGUACACCUGUGAGGAAAUCGGCAAGUGUGUCCUCCAGUCUUACCCUGGACCCCACGCCAUCAUCCUGGUUCUACAGCUGGGCCGCUACACAAAGGAGGAGCAGAAUACGGUUACAUUGAUCAAGGCCAUCUUUGGGGAGUCAGCCAUGAAACACAUGAUCGUCUUGUUCACUCGCAAAGAUGAAUUGGGUGAUCAGACACUGAAUGACUUUUUGAAGGGGUCAGGAAACCUGCAAAGCAUCAUCCAGGAGUGUGGGAACCGCCGCUGUGCCUUCAAUAACAAAGAAAGUAUAGAGAAAGCUGAGAAGGAAGCUCAACUGAAGGAGCUGGUGUGUCUGAUAGAUAAAAUGGUGUGGGAGAAUGGACAGUCUCACUUUUCUCCUCCCAUCUAUGAGAAUGUAAUGGAGAAGAUGCAACAUGAGACAGAGGCCUUGAAGAUAAUCUAUGAAAGUGAAUUAGAAGAAGAAACUAAAUCAGUUAAAGAGAAAUAUGCUCAGGGAAAAAUAUCACAGCAAGUCAUGGAGAAGGAAAUAUCAAUGCUAUCAGAGACCUUUACGACAAAACUCAAAAAUAUUAGGGAAGAAGCUGAAAAGAAUAUAUUUCAAGAUGUUGUAAAAAUAGUUUGGGAUGUACUUUCAAGCAUAUGGGGUAUGUUUUGGAAAUAA